AACCUCGUCUGAGCAAAAAGAUACUUCUAAAUUCUAAUAGAUGUCUGGAUUCUGUAUUUGAGCUGCAAGAACAAAUUAUACCAGCAAUCAUAUUACAUAGACAAUACUACAUACAAGGGAAAAAAAAAACUAAGCGUAAAUUCACAUGAAACUCAAAUCUAUAAGUACCUAAAUUGAGCCAUCACUUCCUCACAGCUUAUCAAACACUAAAAGCCGUUGCUUAAGAUUCGAGCUAUCUUCUGUCUAUAAACAAUGGCUUUAACACUAGAAAAAAAAAUUUUCAUUGCUAUGUUAAUGAUUUUCGGGACAUGGGCAUCUCAAGUGAUGUCCCGCACAUUGCAUGAAGCUUCCAUUGCUGAGAAAUAUGAGCAAUGGAUGGCUCAAUAUGGACGCACUUAUGAGGAUAAUGCAGAGAAAGAAAGGCGUUUUAUGAUAUUCAAGGACAAUCUUGAAUUCAUAGAAAAGUUCAACAAUGCAGGGAAUCAGAGUCACAAGCUAGGCAUCAAUAAGUUUGCAGACUUGACCAUGGAAGAAUUCAAAGCUACACAUACCGGAUACAAGUCUACCCAACCAAAGUCAUCCAAAACGGUAUCACCCUUCAGGUACAACGAUACAGAGGACGUUCCAUCUAGCUUGAACUGGAUAGACGAAGGAGCUGUUACUGACGUAAAGGACCAAGGGCAAUGUGGUUGCUGCUGGGCAUUUUCGGCAGUGGCAGCUGUAGAAGGUAUUACUUUUAUCAAAACUAAAAACUCAGUCUCACUGUCCGAGCAACAACUAGUGGAUUGUGACAGAAAUGGCAAUGACGGUUGCAGUGGUGGUGAUAUGAAGAAUGCCUUCAAAUACAUUAUAGAAAACAAAGGUCUUGCAAGUGACACAGAUUACCCAUAUCAGGGAAUGGAUGGAAUCUGUGAAAAAGAGAAGGAAGAGGACCCUGAAGCCAAAAUUACAAGCUAUGGAGUUGUACCUGCAAAUGAUGAAAGUUCCUUAUUGAAGGCUGUGGCCCAACAGCCAGUUUCAGUUUCAGUUGAUUCAAGUCAAUUUCAAUUCUACAAAAGUGGGGUUUUCAAAGCGCAAUGUGGAACCAAUCUGGACCACGGUGUUACUGUAGUCGGAUAUGGGACGAGCGAAGAAGGUGACAAGUACUGGUUGGUCAAGAACUCCUGGGGCCAGGAUUGGGGUGAGAGCGGCUACAUCAGGAUGCUCAGAGAUUUUGAUGCUCCUGAAGGCAUCUGUGCCAUUGCCAUGGACGCUUCUUAUCCAGUUCUUUGAUUAACAUCUAAAUGCUUCUGCUUAAAUUUCUGCAUUCAUAUUUCCAUAUUUAAGUGAGUGUUUUAUUGUAUGUGAAAUUCCAGAGCUAUGGCUUGUAGCCGAGGGGAUAUCAUUAGGUAUGAAAAUAAGUUUUUCCUUUUA